UAGGAUGCAAGGCUGUUUCAUUUCGUCAUUUUUUUUAGAGAGGGGUCACGGGUUCUCUGUCUCGCCCAUGUGAUUUGGCCUUUCCAACCAAUCAGAUAUCCCGAUUCAGACUGGGCAUAGCAAAGGGGAGAGGGAAAAAAUCCUUUUCAUUCUGUGUUUUUUUAAUCUUUUGCGAAACGUCGAAAGUGGUCGCCAUCUGUUUUACGCUGCAUUAAGGUGACUGGUUGGCUGGCUGUUCCAUAACACUCUCAUUGGCCCUGGGACUCCUCUUUUACGUGACCACACCCCUUCCUUCACAUCCAAUCCCAACAUGGAACCACCCAAGGUGCAGCAGCCAGGCGAAGGAGGCCUCAACGUCACCCUCACCAUCAGGCUUCUGAUGCACGGCAAGGAGGUUGGAAGCAUCAUUGGAAAGAAAGGAGAGACAGUGAAGAAGAUGCGUGAAGAGGUAAGUGCAAGCGGUGCACGCAUCAACAUCUCUGAGGGAAACUGCCCAGAGCGGAUAGUUACCAUCACCGGACCCACAGAUGCCAUCUUCAAGGCCUUCGCCAUGAUCGCAUACAAGUUUGAAGAGGAUAUAAUCAACUCUAUGAGCAACAGUCCAGCCACCAGCAAGCCUCCUGUCACCCUGCGUCUGGUUGUCCCAGCCAGCCAAUGUGGCUCCCUCAUAGGGAAAGGAGGCUCCAAAAUCAAAGAAAUGAGAGAGUCCACAGGUGCUCAGGUACAGGUCGCAGGGGACAUGCUGCCCAACUCCACUGAACGAGCAGUCACCAUCUCAGGAGCCCCGGAAGCCAUUAUCCAGUGUGUCAAGCAGAUCUGUGUUGUCAUGCUAGAGUCCCCACCGAAAGGUGCCACUAUCCCCUACCGUCCCAAGCCUGCCUCCACCCCCGUCAUUUUUUCAGGUGGCCAGGUAAGAGCCGACCCGCUGGGGGCCUCCACUGCCAACCUCAGCCUCUUACUGCAGCACCAGCCACUGCCUGCUUACACCAUUCAGGGACAAUAUGCCAUCCCUCACCCUGACCAGUUGACCAAGCUCCACCAGUUGGCUAUGCAGCAAACCCCCUUUAACCCCCUUGGACAGACCACCCCUGCCUUCCCCGCAGGUCUGGAUGCCAGUAACCAGGCCAGUACUCAUGAACUCACCAUUCCCAAUGAUCUAAUAGGCUGCAUAAUCGGGCGCCAGGGAACCAAAAUCAACGAGAUCCGUCAGAUGUCUGGGGCGCAGAUCAAAAUUGCUAACGCCAUGGAAGGGUCAUCGGAGCGCCAGAUCACCAUCACAGGAACCCCCGCCAACAUCAGCCUGGCCCAGUACCUCAUCAACGCAAGGUUCAGAGACGUGGCGGCCAUGUGGAAUGACCCAUCCUCCAUGACGACAUCCUAAGGACCCAGCCCGGCCGGCCUCCACUCCCUCUGCUCCACUCCCUCCAUCUCCUGACCACUGAAGACAUGAUGUUCCUACCCAACUCCUGAUGAUGAUGCCCUCUAGACUAAUGAAUCUGGCUCUGAUAACAACUCCCUUGACCCUCCAGCUUACUACCAUGAUCGCUCUCUAAUAAGAGACCUGUUGCUUUCAGAGAAACUGAAAAAAUAAGUAAUGUCUUUGUUUUCGUUGAUUUUAGACCUUUAGACAAGUGUUGAAGCAUGUUGAACGUUCAUUAGGAUCAAAUUGUGUUAUUCUGAAUUCUCUCUCUCACUCUCUCUGCUAGUGUUACAAAAUAGGAUUUCAAUAUCAGUUUGAAAAAAAAAUGUACAAAAAAAAUGUAAAAGUGUAAAAACAUUGGAAAAAAAUGCUACUGUUCCAUUUUCUAGGUGCUGGGUGAUGCUAUCGGCACAGUAUGGUGGGAUGUAGCCCAAUGAUUACUUUAUGAUGCUCUUUUGAAAAGGUCUUUUUUAGGUCAAUUUAAAUCGUUCUAUUUUUACCCCUAUUCGGAUCCUUAAAAUGAUCUGCUUACUAAUCCGAUCUCUACCCAUAACUUUUUGCUGCAUCACAUGACCUCUUUGAGCCAAUGGUAUCACUCCUAGAGCCCUCCUUUCUAUGUCCAUUUCUUGUAUUUUACAUUAUGACUUAUACUGCAUGUGUUCAGUAAUGUAUUGUAUGUAUUUGAGUAUUCCAGUUUGGUGUAAGUGUUCCUAUGGUGUUGCUAUGUUAUUGCUGGUGGGAGGAGCUAUUGGAGGAUGGGCUCAUUGUAAUGGCUGGAAUGGAAUUAAUGGAACUGAGUCAAG